AACGAGAGUUAAUUAAAAAUUUCGCUUGACAUUUGAAAAUGACAAUUACUUAUAAAUAUCAAAUUUACAGACUCUGGAUCGCGACCCAUUUAAAAAUAUUUUCAGAGUAAUGCGGAAGUACAAUAAUAAUUAAAUCAUGACACAUUUAAAAUCUUUGAUGAUCAAACAUUUGCCUGCCAUCCUUGCAUCUCCUCUGACUCAAUGCCCUCCGGGAGUGGUUCCGUCAUUGUCCUCUUGUUACCUACGUGUAGUCAACGAAAUAUACAAACUACACGCUCAGCGAAACCGCUGAGUGAUAUAAUUGUUCUUGAUGAUGAUUACAUGAAACCUAUGUAAUCAAUAUAUUUGUUCUUGAUGAUGAUUACAUGACACCUAUGUAAUCAAUGUACUUGAUGAUGAUAACAUGAUGCAUGAUUCUAAGUCAACAAGGACGACCCUUGCAUUGUGAAAUUCGCCCAUUUGGUCUGCAGCCCCUUUCAGACUAAAGUAUUAACUUGGUAAUCAUAAAAUUUUAAACAUUUCAAAUACUUUUAUUCAUCAUAAAAAUUAUUUAAUACAUAAUUGUAGCAAAAUGCAGAGUGUUUAACAAUAAUGCAGAAGCAAUUUAAAUUAUGUUUAAUAAUAACACAAUUAUUUAUUUUAAAAUCACAAAUUCCACCACGACAAUCUCGCCCCUUCUGCUGCCAGGAACAAGCCAAUCAUUCAUUCAGUCUACCUGCGUGUAGCAAAUAAAACAUACUACACACUCAGCGAUGAAGCUGAGUAAGCAUAUCUAAAGCGUCGAACAUCCACAUAAAUUGAAUCUCAAUUCACAAACAACUAUUUGAUAUCAUGCCCACAAUAUACUUCAUUCAUGAUAUUUUCAAUUUUUUUAAUAUUCAACAUUCAAUACUCAACAAUAUCCUUAACUAAGCUUAGUCUAAGGCCAAACCUUUGAUGAUUACCAACUCUUAAACUAUUACUAGUUCAAGGUACUUCUAACCAACUCUUAAGCUAGGUCAUUAGUUUAAGGUACAUAUUCCAAUUUAUUUACCAACUCUUAAACUAGCCUUCGCUUAAGGUACAAAUCCAGAAAACCGAACAGUAGAUUACUAACUGUCAGGUUGGGUGGUAUCCCCAAACGAGUUCCUCUAGUUUGGUUUAUGGAUCCCGUACGUACGUUUUUAUCCAAGGCCACCGAAUAUGCAUAUUUAUACUCGCAAGGCCCUUUCUAAUCAGAGGUCUAUCUUAGAGGAGUAAAUAAUCGAUUUUCGGCUACUGUUCAUCAUCUUCUUCCUCUGGUCAGUUUCGAGUAUUAUCAUUUUUAAUCACCAAACUUCAAUUAAAUUAUAUAGAAAUGUUCUCCAAGGUUCAUAGAUCAUUUUGGAAUCAUUAAAACAUAUUUUUAACAUCAAAUUCAAGAUUUAUGAUUCUUGGUUCUUAAACAUGUCAAACACAAAACUCAACCAAACAACCAUUUAUGAACGUAAAAACAACCUACAUGAACAUUCUAGUCUUUAGAUAUAUCUACGGGCUUACCUCAAAGCGUAAGGAAGGUUUUGACGAUUUUCCGGCGACUCUAUCUUACUGCUCCGGCAACCUCACACAAAGAUGACAACACCACUGCACUCUACUCUCAGCAAGGAACAAUAUGGGAGGAAGAAUGAAUGUUUUUGGUGAGGAAUUGAGGGAGUUGAGUUGUGCUUAAAUAGGCCAGUGGAGAAGAAGAAGACACAGGCUUGGUUACUUCCGUGAUUGUGCGGCGAUUUGGAAUCGGCGUAAUCAAACAGGGCGCCGUUUGGUGUGUAGUCCCUGAUUGGGACUAAUUUUGGUCCCAUUUAGGGUACACUUUUUGUUCCAACUUUCUCCAAAUUGAAAUCCGAUUGGACCGUUGGGAUCAGACAGUCAAACUCUACAUAAUGAUAUGAUUUUCAUUAUUUAUUUACAAACUUUAGAAUUUACUUAUUUUUGGGUCCUUCUCAGUAAUUAAUUAAUUAUAAAUUAAUUAACUCUGAUAGGCCUAUUUUUGGGGCGUUACAUAAUAUAUAUGUAUGUAUGUGAUGAAUGAUUCGACAAGUCUAACGCAAGGGUACAGACCUGGAAAUCAUUGGCCGAAAUCUUACGGAUGAGCAGGAGUGGAAACAACAUCGAAAUUCACCAACUUUGUCAUUCUCGUCACAAUUGGACAACCUGCCGUAUUUUGGGCAUAUCUCUAUCGUUUCUUCACGGAAUUGCAAACCGCUUGAUUCUGUGGAUUCCUAAGAUGUAAGGCUAUAACUUUUGUAUAGAAAGUAUUUCGAGUUAACAGAUGUAAGAUAACGUAAAUAGGACCUGAAGUCAAAGGAUAGUUGCUGUCCAAGAUUUCGGAUAUGUCGAUGAACAACGAUUUCGAUGAUUAACUCAUUGACUUCAAUAUUCCAACACCGAACCUUCUCUAUGAUACCUUCCGAAUGUUCCUAAUAAUCGUUAGAGAGUUUAUGGUAAGUGUUUGGAAUGAAACAACAUGGAUAUGGUGAGGAAACAUAGCCAACCCGAUGAGCUCACCACUACUGGCGCAGUCCCGGUAUUUUGGCCAUAUCUCCUUUGUUACUUAACGAAAUCGCGAGUCGUUUGUUGGGAUGGAUUCGUAUCGUCCGGGGCUACAACUUUGGUUUAGAAAGUAUUUCGAGAUAAUGGAUGGAAAAUUACAGAACUUACGUAGAAGUUGAUGUUGCGUUUGGAACUCAUGAUUUGGAAACUAUGGAUGGUUUCUUCUUGUUUCUUCUUCUUCCUUGAACCAUCUAUGGAGGAGGGUGUUUUCUUCUCUCCUUGAAGUUGCCGACAGUGAGAGAAUGGAGAGGGGAGAGAUGAGAUGAUGGCUGCACACCACAAGAAAAAAAGAGAAAGAAAGAAAACAAAAAGAAGAAGAAAAAAAAAAGAGAUAAAGAACAAAGUUACGGGAAAGAAAAGGAAAGCAACAGAGACGGAGAGAAAAGAGGAAACAGAGCUGAGCCCUCGGAAGGAGGGGGAGGACCACCGCUGUUCGCGCCGCUGCUUCGCCACCGUGUGCGCCGUCGCCUAUUCGCCGGAAUUUCCUUAUCAAUUUGAUUAAUUUAGUUCGUCUAAUUCGUCAAACAAUCGAGGUAACAAGAAUGAUGAAUAAAGAAACUAUCCUGGA